AUGCUUCAGGCAAGUGAUUUGAAAAGCGCAAAUAACGCAGCUGGAGUCGUCGGUGAUCUGCUGAGAGGAAUCGCUUUUUGCUACAUCGACUUUGAUUUCAAAUUGGUGACAGAGAAGGAUAAAAGCUUGUGCGAUUUUUCGACUGCAGCAGGAUUUGGAUUCGUAGCUUUUGUAACGAAAUCUGAUGGCGCGGUUUUGAUGCGAAAUCAUCCCAAUAAGUUUUGGCUUCCCUUUAGUUCGCAGUCAAUUCCGAAAGACUUCCUAUGUCCGGAUUCCCUAAUGUUGCUGACAUUAUCGGACGAUGAAGCGUCUGAUUUUGCGCCUUUAACUGAUGCAAUUUACGAGGCUUUCGAGUUCUGCAAUCUGGAUCACGGGAUUAUUGCAAAAACUCAUUCUUACAAACCGGGUAAUGCUUGGAAACCUUGCGGCGCGAUCGAAAACUUUGGUAACGAUUGGGAGACUGACUCUGAGCCAGAAGUUGAAAUUGCUCAGGCUACAGCAUCGUCGUCAAAUCCAGAAGAAGCCACUGAGAGCAGUUCGACUCAGGUUGAUCCAAAUCCAACUUCAAGUGAAAAUCUGGCAGACUUGGAAAUUCCUCAGUCUUAUUUUGAUGGUGAUCAAGAUGCUUUGGAGGAGAACCAGUUGGAAACUAGUCCCGGAAGUUCUGUUCAUUCAAUACCGAAAUCGCCGGAACCAAGUGGAAGAGGUAUUCAUGCAGUGUCGCCGUCUCCUCCUCCGUCGCCGACGUACGACCCUUUCGAUGCCUUGCUGAAUAGUGUAAAUGGAGGCAACAUGAAUAGGUUCGUUAGUCAUGGCUCCAGUGCGAGUGCGGAACGUUCUUCUUGCACUGAAACAAAUUUCACUGAUCCAGUGAGGGCAUUUUCGCAAGAAAUUUUCGUUGCAGACGAUGAAAUUGACGCACCCUCUGAUAAAUCCGACGAAGAGGAUUUUUUGUCAUUCAGCGUCGAGAGUACUGGCGUGUCGAUUGUGGUUGACUGGGCUGAAACUGUGAAAAAAACCAAAACGAAUCCAUUCGUGUCAAAGUUGGAAUCCAAGGGCGCUUCUGUAGUGCGAAAAAGGUUAAGUGUCGGAGAUUAUUUGUGGGUCGCGCACGGGAGCGACGGACCCGAAAGUGAACGUCUCCUGAGCCUUCCGUUGGUCGUAGAACGAAAACGAUACGACGACCUUUGGUCAAGCAUCAAGGACGGACGCUGGCGAGAACAAAAAAGAAGGCUGAAAAAGACUAAUCUCAAAGUCAUUUUACUCAUCGAAGGAAAACACAAUCCGCGCAUAAAUGGGUUUCCGAGGCAGAUACCGGAAGGUGAAGAUUCGGCUCUACAUCCGUCGAAGCAGUCGCAAGAACAAGCCCUUAUCAGUGCUGCAGUGCGGGAUGGAAUGACGGUAGUUCAUACUAAGAAUGUGGAAGAAAGUGUCAAUUACCUGAUACAGAUCACGAAUAUUUUUCGUGAAGUUUACUCGGGUCGGACAUUGUCCAGUGUGACCCAUCAGGAGUUCACUUGUCUGAAACCGAAUGACCCCUAUCCAAUCAAACUCAUGGGAUUCGAUUAUUUGCAGAAGUUCGCAGUGAAGACGCCGGGAUAUUCUGUGCGUGACGUACUUGCACAAGGACUGCUUCAGGUGAAAGGACUGACAGAAUCGAAGGCGAAGGAAAUCGUGACCAAGUACCCAACGUACAGGGCAUUGUGGAAUGCGUACUUGGCUAUCGGUGAGGAGCCCUCAGAUCCAAACGUUGGGAAAGACCCAGUUGCUGACGAGAAGAAGAAAUUGCUGAAGGAUUUAAUUGACCAGGGAACUGGUCAGAAAAUUGGACCCGCCGUCAGCGCUGUCGUUUGGCGAACUGUUGUUGGUAAAGAAGCUGAAAGUCAAUGGCUGCUGGAUGCGGCGAAGAAUCUUGCUCUGCACCUGCGGGCAUUGGUUGAUCAGGACCUGGGUGUCGCCUCUCUUCAGACAAUCUUUGAUCGACGGAAAGGCGUGGACGUUGCGACUCGUAGAGAAAGAAAUGACGAAGAGUUGCUCUCUGAGGUGACGAAAUCAUUGUCCAAAAAACUGCUUCGUUACAGAAGAUUGCUCGAAACUGCGUGUUCUGCUGCCAAGUUUACGUGGAAUCCGGUGGAGGAUUUAAUGCACCCACAAGCUUGGCAGCAAUGGGAUCCGCUUCCUGAUUGCAAAAGUCUUCCUUCCAAAAUUCUCCGUUUCAACCGUUUUUUGAAAACGGAAGCUUCGCUAGAUAUUGCGUGUUUUACAAGUUCGGAACGAAAGGUGAUGACCCCCGAGAAAACCGUGGAACGUGGUUUGAAAAGGCAGCUCUUCGUAUCUUCGAAUUUGACGAACUCCCUUGCUCAAAAUCAGAAUGAGAUUCCGACGCUCAAAUGGCAAUUUCUCGUGUCUGGCAAUGGGGAUUUGAUUCGAUACCCAGCUGCUGCCACGGCAGAGAAAUUUCGUUGUCCCAAUGGGAAAUUCUGCUCGCCAUUCAUCGACAAUCAUCACAAAGCGACGUUUUUUGAUGCCAAAUUUCCGAAGCGGAAGUUGGUUUUGGUGUUGUUUGAUGGGAAAUUCCGAUUAGGCUCGAAAGAAAGCGAAUUCGCUUUGGAAUUGUUGUCAUUGUUGCCAAAAAACGCCGAACUAAACGUUAUGAUGCUUGGAGAAAAUGGAGCUCAGUUUGGAGUGCAGCCGGGACCGCGUUUUUGCGAACACAUUUCUGCUGGGGUUCCUCACAUCUCAACGCCGCGGGAUUUUUUGGCGUGCAAUAAUGAGUCCUCCCAGUGGAGGCGAAGAUCUUUUGUCACCGUCUCCGCUCCUGCACUGGGUUGCCUGGCUGCUUUUCUGGAUCGUGGAAUGAACAAGACUUCAGGUGUGAAUUUAUCAGCUGGCAUAACAGCUGCGGUGUCCCUCAUUCAACGGGAAUUGGAUGCAUUGAAGAAUUGGGAAUCCUGUGGCAACAAUCUAGUUGAUUCCUGUGCCCUCAGGGACGUUCAUCUCGUCUAUGUCGCCGACAAAAUGGACUCGCUUUUGCAAAACCAGGGAACACUUCUAGAUACUCUGCUUGGAGUUUCUUCUGUUCGUUUCUCACUUCUGCUUCCGAGCAGUGUCGCUGAUGUACAGCUUCUGAGCAUUUGCAAAGUGUUCCAUUGCCUGAAAUGGUUGAGUGAAGAAUUUACUGAAGAUUCUUUGAAUGCGUUUGAUGUUUGGGAUACGAUUUUUGCCGACGGAGAUUCGAGGGAGACAAAAAUGCGGCUUGCACCUCCGAUUUGGGACGACGUUUCUCAAGGACUUUUAGUUACUGCUUCUCAGUGGUGUGAGCAGGAGAAGGUCGCUGCUGGUUUGGACGUUUCUUUGGAAGAAUUCACAGAUCCUGCAACGUAUUGCUCCAUCCAUGAUAAUCGCAAAUAUUGUUUCGUGAUCGAUGGAUCAGGUCGAACACUGGCCCAUCCUGUUCUAAUCAACCCGCGUUCUGCGAAGGAUCAAGCGCCAAUUGUGUACAUCGCAGACGUCGAAAGAGAUCACGGAUUUGCAGAUAUUUUGCCAUCCAUUUUGGGGGAAAGUUCUGGACAGCGAAACACGACCAGCAUUCGAUACAAGUGGAAGCACACGGAACCAUCAUAUCUCAUUUUCGUGAUCGCUGAGAAAACGUCAAAACCCGGAGAAAAAUUGUCAGACGAAAAACGCGACGCUGUAAAUGGCCCCUGGCCAGCGUCAGAGGAGAAAACCGCUGGAGCUGGGCAACUGGUUCACCAUAGACUAGUAGACCUGGGUUUGCCAGGAAAAGGUCUCCGAUUUUGCAAACAUUUCCAGCGACUCGCCACCCUCGAUAAAAGCUCCGUGAUGUUUAGUCCGGCUGCGUUGCUUGAUCCGCAUUUGACGCUAACCAGAGACGCGGAGGAAAACCCGGGGGCAGCUGCUGCCCGAGCCCAGGCCUACGCGGGCUACCUGUGGGACACCACGCAUCUCGUGGGCAACCCUGGCCUGAGAGACGGAGUCAAGACGGACGCCCAAGACCUGGGGUUGCUUAGCAUGCACUGGCGAUCCUGGCCUGGCGACCAACAAACUUGGAGAUCCGUGGUGCGGAAAUAUGCGGCGACGGCUUUGGGAGUUUCCAUCAGUUUUCCGGGAAUCGGUGGAAAUUCAGAAGAUCUGACUGCUUUUGAUCCGUUUAAACAAGCAUGGUAUCUCAGGGCAGCCAAUUUUUUGGGUAGUGUGGUGAUAUCUCAACCCUGGCUGGAUGCGGAUGGCGCCGGGUUUUUAGUCACCAUUAGCAACGCUGUGAAGAAACCGGGCAUUGAAAAUGUUCAUGCUGUUCUCGGCAUGGACGUUUCGAUGGGCUUCAUUUACCGAAUGAUGGCAGAGGUCGUUCCUGGCUGUAAAACAGAAUCAUCGAAGGAAAUAACGUGUUUCUUGAUGGACGAGAAAGGAUACGUCGUGUCUCACCCGAGUCUCUUCUUGCCGAAGUCUCCGCUCGCAACUGUGGCCAGAGGCGGAAGAUUACCCGGAGACUUCUUUUUCCCUGGGAUGCACAAGAAGUUGGCAUCUUCAUCGAGUUUUCGAUUGAAGAAGAAACGGGACACGGAACGACUUCACGUGGCGGAUGUGGAGCCAGUUUUGGCCAAUGACUUAUUGCAUCAGGAUGGGAUUGUGGAGAAGCUGUUGUGUGAUCAACCGGCUGACGGAACUUCUCAGCGGUUCUGGAAAUUCCGAAGAAGCGUGAGCUCAGUUCUGAAAAGCCGGAUCCACGGCGAAAUGUGCGCGGCUUAUUCUCUUGUUUCUGUUCCGGAAACAAACUUGUUUCUCACGGUCAUCAACGUCACAGCAUGUGUGAAGAAUUCUGGUUUUGCCACAGUUUUUUGUCCCUGCAGCACGGAGGACAGGUCCUGUUUCUACUGCAACCGAAUGGAGCAAAAGGAGUGCGAGUGUCCCUGUGAAUGUCCUCUGACUGGCGACUUGACCUGUUCGUCAGUUGACGAGAAACGGAAUCCGGUCUGCGAAACCAGUGUUGUCGAUGGAGGCGUAACCAGUUUCAGAUCCUCUCAGAAUUGGAGAGACAGCCCGGGACGUGCGUCUUCGAUGUGGGUCAAGACUGGGUCAUCUGCGCCCACAUGGGGUCAAAUACCGCCGUGUUUUUCUUACGACUGCGGAGUACUUCUGGACGAGUGGUCCUGCAGGGCUUCAGCUGGCUGUUGGUGGUGUUCUGUUGCUGCAGAUGGUUUCACAUCAUUGAAGAAGCCUUUUUGUGGUGAUCAUGCGAGGUGUUCUUGGAGCGUCAUUGGCUCGACUUCUCCGUACAACGAAGUCCUGGAUGGUAGAACCAAUCCAGACUACAAUGGUGGUGAACGGGAGUCAGUCUUUGACCUGGCUAAGUCUACACCCGUUGGCCCAGUUGCGGGUGGCAUCAUGGCAGUUUUCCUGUUCCUCGCCUUGGGCGCGUACUGCUACUGGCAUUACGGUAACAAGGACCCCAGAGACACCAAUUAUCUCGGGGACGGGUUCGGCGGGUUGCGGUACCGCCAACGACGGAAUUUUGGAGGCCUUGGGGAAUGGGAUGACGAUGGGUGCAGUCCGGGCACCGGGUUGUGUGCCCAGGGAGGCGCUAAGGAUUGUUUGUUGGUGGACGAUGGGAAAGGACUAGACAUUGGGCAUGAUGUCGGCGCUGAAGAUGAUGAUGACCUGAGGGAAAUUCCUUCUUGUCUGAGAAAGGUUCCUGUGUCCGAUUCCGGUGGCGGGAAGCUGCGGAGAGUAGGAAGCAACACCAACCACAGGCGCCCGGGUUCCAAAAGGGCCGGGGCAGAGUCUGAUGACAUGGGUUACUCAACCAUGACACCACUGGAAGAUUGUUCAGAUGCUGCCUCGUGUAGGGGUGGCCGUUAUGUGCAUCACAGCGGUGGAGGGCCUUCAAGGAGAAGCAUGAUGGUUGAGAAUCCCUACAGAACUUCUGUGGAACCCAGACCCGCUUUUGGAAGAUCUCGGUCUGGAUCCUCCAGAACAUCAUCACCAGUUCUAGCCACAGAGCAGUCCGUUGUUUCCGCGGCAGAUUCCGCAAAUGGCACAGAUUAUACGGGAACAGCUGGUGAUGAGGAACUGGAGGAGAAGGGGUUUAUUGGCAGCAGUGGAGAGUGGACUCGUCCAACAACUGUGAUAUUACAAUCAGAUACGCCCAAUGUACAUUCUUGGGCGACGAAAUUAGAUGAAAACCGUGUUAUGGCAUCUGUUCAAGUUCACUUUGUAGAUGUCUGAUCUCUAGAAUUUUCCCCGCAAUUGCAGAAUAGUGUCAUCUACAUUCAUUUUCUGUUUUGAAAGUUGCUGCAAUUUUCUUCAAGUGAUUUUCAAAAGUUAUGGAAAACUCAAUUAUAAACUAUAGUAGAAUGAAAUUUGGAAGUUAGAACACAUUUUUGAUGCUUCGGAAAAAAUGUGGGACCUUCUGAGGAAAUUUUUGUGUUCAAAAAGGAAUGACUCUUGAGAAAUCGAAUUUUCUGGAGCGUGCCAAUGUGGGAGACAUGCUCUUCGAGACAUUUGAGCGACUGUGAUGGUUUGGGCUACGGCCCAUUCUUUACUUUCAUUUUUCAUGUCGUCGUGGAUGUUCGACAAAUACUUUGUUUACCUUCCCUUCAAAGCCUUUGAUCAGAUUUGUUCAAGCGUUCAACUAU